UGAUAUAAUAUCCAAUAGCGUGUCGAAUGGUUCGACAUUUCAGGACAUUCUGACUAGAUUUUGUGUAAUUGAAAACAGUUGAAAAUUGCACUUGCUGUUCUCGUGUUCUUUGCGAUUUUUCGUAAAUUUAUAUAAAUAAAGAUGGCAGACAAGGCAGUGUCCACCGCGAGCAAGCCCAUGAUGAGGGGUCUCUUGAACGCGCAGAUCAAGAGGAACCUCAUCGCCUCCUUGGUCUUCGCUGCCAUCUCCGGUGUGGCAGUAAAGCAGCUCAUCGGCAACCCACGCAAGAGGAAGUAUGCUGAAUUCUACAGGACAUACGAUGCUGAGAAGGAAUUCGAAGAAAUGAAGGCGAAGGGUCUGUUCCAAUCCUGCUAAACGCGGACAGUUAUAGAGUAGUAUUAAUUUUAUUUCGCUGUGAAAAUGAGUUAACUUUAAAUAAAAUUAUGAUCUAAAAGUA